AUGGAUCUUAGAUCACGCAUAUCAUUGAGUUUGUCACUUAAGAUGCGUGAUGUCACCAAAAGAAAGUGUUGGAAAGCCGGAGUAAGUAAAAGUUUGAAUCAGCACUCUUCGUACACUCAAACUAGUCGAAGGGGAAAAACGCAGAGAAGUAAUGAAGAUGAUAGAGAAACAGAGACGUGCGAAACAAGCAUACAAGGAAAACCAAAUGACUGCACAAGAUCUAGAGUCAUUGAGAGCACCGAAAAUUGUGAGAAGCAGAAGAUUGGAAUGAGAUCAGUGCUUAUAAAUAUACCGAUCACAAAUGGCUGCGGAGGGCCACUGAGACAGUCAUUAGUGAGAGACAACAAGGAAGAAGACGACGUCGUCAUGGAACGACCAGAGAAAUGAGCGCUGGAGGUAGACUCCACCAGGAGGUCCAUUGUCGUCGACGUAACCUCCCAGUCUCUUCUGUCACGGCCUUUAUGCCUCCCUCCUCCAAGUCUCCUCUUAUAUAUUUACGUAUG